GAAUAAAAGUAAAUAAAAUAAUGAUUUGAUUAGAGGUGUAUAAAUUUAAUUUACGAUUUAUCGAAUAAAUUUAGAAUCAUCACUGACAUGAUUAAUUCCCUGCACGAAUCGAGUUCAAAUGAGAACAGUUUUGUAAUAAAUUAAAAGUGAAACAACGACUUUCUCCACAACAGUUGCAGUUAAAAAUUUAUCGCAGUUAUCACUGUAGAUAAAGCUUCUUGUGUCGGUGUAUACUACUCAGACUUUAUAUUUGUUGUGUCAUAAAAUAUAUUGUCAGUAUAGCACGAUUAUUAUUUUGCGUAGUUUACACACAGUUCAUCAAGAAAAAUAAAACACUAAAUGUAAAUAAUUAAUAAUGGCAAAUCGACAAGGUGCAGGAAAACCGGCAGCAAUUAUUUUAGGAGGUUGCGGAUUUAUUGGACGAAAUCUUGUUGAAUAUUUGCUUGAUAAUGAAUUGGUCUCGUUUUUGAGGGUUGUCGAUAAAGUACCGCCUCAAACUGCAUGGCUCAAUGGAAAACAUAAAAAAUUAUUUGAACAUCCUUUACUCGAAUUUAGAAGCGCAAAUCUCAUUAAUCCAGUGUCCUGUCAAAAUGCUCUCGCUGCGGAUAUUCACAUUGAUUAUGUGUUCAAUUGUGCCGGAGAGACGAAAAGUGGACAAACUGAUCCUAUUUAUAGAGAAGGAAUUUACAAAUUGAGUAUGAAUUGUGCUCAACAAGCUGCAAAUAUCGGUGUUGAUCGUUUUAUUGAAAUUUCGUCUGGGAAUUUAAAUUCUUCCGAAAAAAUCUCACACAAGGAAGAUGAUGCCACAGAUCCAUGGACUUUUACUGCAAAAUAUAAAUUGCAAGUUGAAACAGAAAUUAAAAAUAUUCCAAACUUGAAAUACGUUGUUCUUAGGCCUCCUAUUGUCUACGGACCUGGGGAUAGAAACAGUUUAGCUCCUCGGCUAAUUAUCGGAGCAGUUUACAAGCAUUUGGGAGAAAUGAUGAAAUUGCUCUGGGGAGCAGACCUUCAUAUGAACACGGUUCAUGUAAAAGAUGUGGCUCGUGCCAUUUGGCAUGUUGCUGAUAAGACUGAGGCUAUUGGUCAAGUUUACAAUCUUGUCGAUGAAGGGAAUUCCACACAAGGAACAAUUAGUGCCAUUAUUUCGGAAAUUUUUAAUAUAAAUCAUGAUUACUGGGGAGUUGCUUUGUCCACCUUGGCGAAAUCUGACAUGAAUUCGGUUGUAGAGGAAAUAAAUGACAAACACAUGGCACCUUGGGCUGAAAUAUGUAAAGCAGAUGGUAUUGAAAAUAGUCCCCUGUCACCUUAUAUUGACCAGGAACUUCUUUACAAUAAGCAUUUGUACUUGAGUCCUGGAAAACUUUCAGCAGACACUGGAUUCAAAUAUCUUUAUCCCAAGCUGACCAAGGACACUCUGAAGGAAGUACUUGACGAUUUUAUUGCUAUGAAUAUUUUUCCUCACUCCAUUGUCUUAUAAUAUGGUGGAACAAGUACGAGUCAUCAUGAAUUUUGGCGUCCAGAAAUGCAGUAAAGCAUUUUUCACGUUGUGCCUGCGAAAAUUUGCAUAAUAACAAAACAAAAAAGAAAAAAAAAGAAUAAAAACUUAGAGAAGGUACGACGUUUCCCUCUGUGGACAGUCAGAAAAUAUAUUUAACGUUUGGCCUAUUAGAAACGUUUGUGAUAAAAUAGUAAAUUAUGUACUUAAUUUAAAUGUAAUAUAAUAUAUGCUCAGGAACCCUUGACUCGUUAUAAAAAAAGGCACUAGUCAGUCCCAAAGUUUUAGGGAUAUACGAAUUUUACAAGGCACUAAGUUUUUCGACAGUCUCUAAAAAAAUUGAUAAUGAAUAUUUAUAUAUUUGAAUAUUCAUUAUUAAUUCUUUCAUUAAUUUCGAAUAUAUAUGAAAUAUUGAGAUAAUUCGAACAAAAACAAAUUUCAAAAAUAUUUUAGAAGAAAAAACGUAGAGUAAUGAUCGUUUUGAAACUUUUAUUUGAAUUAUUUUUUGUGAUAAGAGAUUGUCGAAUUUUUUUAUAACGAAAGCUUUAUUAAGACGAAGUAAAAUGCUUCCAGUGACUAGUUAUUAAUUAUUAUAAAUACAAAAAAAAUUUAUACACGUAGUCUCAGCAAUAAUUAAUAAUUAUACUCUUUGAUAUGAUAUUUUUCAAUUUCAAAGUGCGGAAAAUCUUUUAAAAAUGAAAAAAUGAGAUUUCUAUCCAAGCUAUAAAAUAAGCUUCCUUUCUUAAAAAUGAUAUUAUGUAUACAUUCCAGAGUGAAUGAAAACAAAAGAUAAAAAAAAGUAAGAUUUAAGAACCAAAUUCUCAAAAAAACAAAAUGUUAUCAAAAAUUUGAACUACAGUUGAAGUUCAAUUUUGUUUAAUAUUUAAGUAGCUCGAAUAGCUUUAGGUAUGUGAUAUAUAUGCAAAUUUAUUAAAUGCAUUUAUACAAAUGUUUUAUAUAUAAAUAGAAAAAACCAAUGAAAGGCUAUGUAGGAUAACUUUUAUCUAUUUACAUUGUUAUUUUUCGACAUUUAUAGUAAUUGUCGAAAUAAAUUUACUCUAGAGCUUGUACGAUUAAUUUCUAAAUAAAAGUUACCUGAGUACACAAGUUAAAAA